UAACCCAACCCAACAAAGAGAGAGAGACCAGAUCCAUCACUUUCUUUCUUUUCAAACUUUACUAAACCCCUCCUCCCUCUUCAUUAACCUAACAAUUGCUAUCAAGAUUUCACAUUUCAUCUUCCCCUUUUCGAUCCCCUUUUCUUUUCUUGGAUCUCAUCUUUGGAUUCAUCUGAAUCCAAAGACACAAGCCGCCCCUGUGGAUGCAACAACUUGAUGAGUUUGUCUAAUAUGAAGUAACAAUGGAAUCUUCUAGAGCGGAUAGCACGUGCAGCCCCUCACGGUUUUUAGUUAUUAGAGAAUAGAGAUGAUUACAGAUCAGGAGGCGUUUGCGUGGAAACGGACACAUGUACAAAUCUAUUAGAAUGCAAGAUGAUAUCUGAACGACGCAGGGGCAAAACUUCACAUCAAGAACCCGAGCUUUCCAAUGUGUCGAAACGUCUAGUUAGAACCAUAAGCCAAAAGUCAAAAAACAACUACCAUGAAAAUGUGAUGGAUGAUGAUGAUGACGGGGUUUCAUUAAGGUGUCUAAGUUUGUAUACCCGUGGUGGAGGGUGCAAGGUUGGAGCCGCAACUAGUGACGACUUUACUGAGGUUGUCGGGCCCGUGCGUGGGACCCAGGACACGACUGUCGAUUGUUUCUCGUAUGGAGUUGAGAGGUUUUGGAAGAGAAAUAAUAAAAAGAAGAUUUCUCAAGUCCCAGAGUCGCACCAAAACGAAGCAAUGCAAGUCUUUCUUCCUGAUGAUAUUCUCGAGAUGUGUUUAAUGAGACUCCCGAUAACGAGCCUAAUGAACGCUCGACUCGUGUGCAAGAAAUGGAGAGCUUUGACUACAUCAACCCGUUUUAUGCAAAUGAGACGAGAAGGUAAUUACCCGACUCCGUGGUUAUUCCUUUUUGGCACGGUUAAAGACGGUUUUAGCUCUCGUGAGAUAUACGCUUUUGAUGUUUCAUUCAACAAAUGGCAUAAAAUCGAGUCCGAAAUACUUAAGGGUCGGUUUUUAUUUUCCGUUGCCUCCGUUCAUGAGAACGUUUUCGUUGUCGGAGGCUGUUCGAGCUCCGGUGGAAUGGACCGAAAGACGCACAGAGGGGUCCUGGCAUUUAGCCCCGUAAUAAAAUCAUGGCAAAAGGUUGCAUCAAUGAGACAUGCAAGGUCAAAGCCUGUUCUCGGGGUUUACGAGGUCGAAUCGGAUUGUUUGACCAUUAAAAGUCAACCACGGACACGGAGGAUCGGUGGAGUGUCCGAUGUUUAUGAGGAUCCCCACAGGUUUUCCAUUAGGCGUGUACCAAGAAACGAAAAAAGCAAGCAUACAAGCGUUAAAAACAGUGGACGAUUCUUGAUAAUCGCGGUAGGUGGGGUCGGUUCAUGGGACGAGCCGUUAGAUUCAUGCGAGGUUUACGAUUCCUCGUCGAACAAAUGGACGGAAAUCCAACGGGUCCCGGUUGAUUUCGGGGUGGCUUGUUCUGCAAUCGUUUGUAACGGGAGUCUUUACGUCUACUCCGAGACCGAUAAACUGGCGGCAUACGACAUAGUACGUGGUUUCUGGGUUCGAGUGGAAAUGAGUCUGCCAGUACGACCACGGGUCCAGGAGUACGCCCCGAAGCUGGUGUCAUGCGAUGAGCAACGGUUGUUUAUGGUGUCGGUUUCAUGGUGCGAAGGAGGCGGUGAGAUCGGAAGGAGAAACAAAGCGGUUCGGAAGGUGUGGGAGCUUGAUUUGGUGCAUGGAAGCUGUAAGGAAGUUUCGGUGCAUCCAGAUGCACCAAUGGACUGGAACGCGGUGUUUGUUGGUGAUAAAAAGAAGCUUAUAUUCGGGGUGGAGAUGUUUAAGAUAUUUGGGCAGGUGCUUGAGUUCUUGACCAUGUGUGAUGUGUCGGACCCGAAGAUGAAGUGGGUUCACGUGUCGAAGAAUGAGGUGGGUCGGGAAAUGGAGCCGUCUUCGUGCGCGAUGAAGUCGAUGGCUGUAGUGCAUUUGUAAGGUGACCUUAUUGUAUUUCAGUAAGAAAGGUUUAUGUAAGACAGAUUGAUUAUAUUUAUUUUUGUUAGUAAUAAUAAAUAGAUAGUACGUUGAUUUUAAAUAUCA